GUAGUGUCAAAUAGUAACUUUGUUGUGUUUGUUUAAAGACGAAAACUUGAUAAUUUUUCGAUAUUUUUAAUAAACAAUCAUUCAAUUACACGUGAAAUGAGAAAAAUAACAGCUUAAGAUAAAAUUAAAUGGUUUUGUACAAGGAUAUUGUGCAUCUGUAGCUUUAGUCAUUUUCACCUUGAAGAAAAGGUAUUAUACUAUUAAAAUAAUCUGCAUUUCCUGUGGAUAUCCUGUUUCUCAUCUACCACUUACACCUUUUUGAAAAUGAAAACUUGAUACCGUGUGAAUUUGAACUCACAUGAAACAAGAAAACUCAGUGAAAAAUGUCUGAAGAAGGAUUGGACUGGUUGGGGCAUAUAUUAUCUGAAGUUCAACUGAGCCAGUUUUUGGUUCCUAUUAGAGAUGAUUUGCAGAUAUCAAGGUUGGAACAUUUUGAUUUUGUAACUGCUGAUGAUCUGGAAAAUAUUGGACUUAGCAAGCCAGGUGCUAGAAGACUGUUGGAGGCAGUGAAGAAGAAAAGGGCUCACCAGAAAAAGAGGAACCUAAUAAAUAAAUUUAUACCUGUUUCAAACAAAAACCAUACAAACAAAAAGCAUGAUGAAGUUGUGGUCACUGAUUUUACCUCAUGUUUAAUUCAAGAAAGUAACAUUACUUUGUCUGUUAAAUUAGGAGAUGGAAGUUUUGGAGUUGUUAGAAGAGGUGAGUGGUUGAGUCCAAAUGGCAAAUCUAUUCCAGUUGCUGUAAAAGUGCUCAAAGCGGAUGCUUUAAGUCAACCAGGAAUCUUCGAGGACUUUAUAAAGGAAGUUCAAGCAAUGCAUGUUCUAAGUCAUCAGAAUUUAAUCAGGUUAUAUGGAGUAGUUCUUUCUCAGCCGAUGAUGAUGGUAACGGAACUAGCUCCUUUAGGCUCUCUAUUAGAUUUUUUAAGGAAACAAUGCCAGCAUACUCCCGUUCCCAUGCUCUGCGAAUAUGCGACUCAGGUAGCAAACGGUAUGGCUUACCUGGAAAAUAAAAGGUUUCUGCAUAGGGAUCUUGCAUGUAGAAAUGUUUUGCUAUCAGCCGUGGAUAAAGUAAAAAUAGGAGAUUUUGGACUAAUGCGAGCACUUCCUCAAGAAGAAGACUGCUACGUAAUGACAGAACACAAGAAAGUUCCGUUUCCAUGGUGCGCUCCAGAAUCGUUAAGGUUUCGACAGUUCAGCCAUGCCUCUGACACUUGGAUGUUUGGAGUGACUGUCUGGGAAAUGUUCACAUUUGGAGAAGAUCCAUGGAUGGGUUUGAUCGGUUCUGAGAUCCUGCGCAAGAUAGAAAAAGAAAACGAACGACUAUCAGCUCCCGAAGCAUGUCCACCACCAAUUUACGCAAUUCUUCUCCGCUGCUGGGCGAAAAAUCCUCAAGAUCGUCCCACCUUCGCUUCGCUCAAGGAUUUCUUUCGAAAGAAUAUGACUCCAGUAAUGAAAGCCAUGGGCCGACAAGAAGAACCUGGCAAACUAAAAUUUGAAGAGGGAGAUGAAAUUGCCAUUAUAGAUGGUAGUGCUGAGCUGUACUGGUGGAAGGGCCAACAUCAACAGACGUUUGAAAUUGGACUGGUACCCAGAUGUUUGGUGGACCCGAUGAGGCCGAAACAAUCGGAGGAUAUUAGCAAACCUCUGAAACAUUCAUUUAUCCAUACCGGUCAUGGAUCUGCAUUCGGAGAAUCAUGGGGCAGCCCCUCUCAUAUCGAUGAAAUGUACCUGAAAAACCCGAUGGAUCCCCCUGACGUCAUGGGUCUGCAGAGGCAACCCAAACCGUUACCUGAACUCUGUGAUAGAAGGAAAUCUUCAAAGAAUUGUUUAAAUGGUUCAUUGCGACGACCCCUAGAGAACCAGUUCAAUUAUAAAAAAUUAACAAAUCAAGAAAGCUUUAAAUCAAAAAAGCCUCAGAGGCCGCCAGAUCCACAGAUAGAUACAAGUAGAGAAGGGGUUUUGGUUGAUAUAUCACCGGAAGAUGUUCCCGUUCUAAGAAAGAAGGAAGUAGUCACUAGCAGACCGGAGUCCCGAGCUGUAUCUUUGCUGGAUGAGCCUAUAGAUGUACCUCAACAAGAAGAUAUCUGGCCUGAGUCAUCUCCACCUAAAAAUAUGGAACUUGCUCCUCCUCCAUACAAUUCGCCACCUUCCUACUACAAUACAACCGCCUUUGCUACUCCCGAACCUACAUUAGAUCCCUUUGACACCAGAGCAGUAUUUCAACCUGUUAGUCCUCAAAAAUCACUCUCUCCGACUACUUCUACACCCACAAGCUCAUUUAUUGAUAAGGUCGCUCAAAAUUUAUUCGAUACCAGUCCGAGUAGGAAUUAUAGCAGAAUUCCGCAGGCACAUUAUAGUACCAGUACCAAAGUACUCCAGAAUCUUUUGGAAUCCAGCCCUUGCAGAAACGCAGAACCAAAGGCAAAUUAUGUUCAAGGGGAUAUAUCGAAUAGGAGUUUUAAUUAUUUCAAAACAGACAUUACAGAGAAAGACAUGAAUACAUUUACUUCGAAACAGACUUCUACAGCUCAAAAAAAUUUGACCUCAUCCUUUAAUAAGACUGAUAAUAAUCUAGAAAAUGAUCUGUUGCUCUUAAAGUUAGAAUCUCCAGAGAAGAAAGAAGACCAAAAGAAGUUUUUAGCCGAGUUAGAGAAGUGUUUGCUGGGGAAAGACAGUGAGAUACCAGUUUUGGAUCCACCACAACCAGUUAGGAAAGAGAAAAAGAGUAAUGAGGUGGCAGGGGCGUUUCCAAAAGUACAAAACAAAACAUAUUCUAAUAUAGGAGAUUUCCACGGAAAAACUUUUGAUAAUUCUCCGCAGAAAAACGAUACGGCAUCUGUGAUAAACAAGAUCUGGUAUGAAUCGACGAAUAACGGAAAUAUGAAACAAAAUAAUAAAAAUAUACAAAUGGACAAUCAAAACAAGAACGAAAAUGUUGCGACCAAUGGAGAUGCCGAUCCAUAUCGUUCGACGAGAAGAUAUGAUCCGGUGUAUUCCUCAACCAACUCCGUUUUCGGAGGAGUGAAUUAUUAUGAUUUAACACCAGAGGCAUCUGGUUCAAAUCAGAAUCUCUACAAUCAUCUUCCACAAACAAUCCACAACAACAUCACGUCUUCAUCACCCUUAACUACCACAAAUACACUAUACAAAGCAAACAAGUACAAUAACUCAACAGUCGUUCAGCGAGAUCCAUAUUCCUCAACCAAUCUGUACAACAACCAAUCAGCUGCGUACGGUUAUAGUAGUGUUGCCGGUAGUAUUAGUGGAAGACCGUAUGAAGAAGCAGGGAGGCAUUACAGUGAAGUAACUGGUAAUAGUUUGUACCACGAAAUACCAGAUAAUGUAUAUAACGAUGUAACUGAUGAUUCUUUGAAACCUCACAGACCUGCUCCGACAAAACCGGGAAAUUUGCAGCCUUUAAGUAUGCAACAAAUACAGAGGAAGAUUCAGCAAGGUCAAUUGACUGCGGACGCAGAAAGGUUGAUGACUCCUGAAUAUAGAAGCAAUAAAAUUAGCCAAGUAAGGGAUUGUAUACCCGAUGUAGAUAUUGAUGAAUGUCUAACCGUACUGCAGGCCAGCGGUUGGGAUGUUGCCUUUGCUAUUAAAACUUUAAAAAUUAACAAAUUAGUUAGGUUAGGAGUAGCUGAUAGUAGCCGAUGCGAGACAGCUUUACAACAUACCAAUUGGAACGUUGAAUUGGCAGCUUCGGCUAUACUUGACUCUUAGUACUUUUAGGAAAUACGUUAAAUAUGAGAUGUAGUUAGCAGUAGCUGAAGAUAUUUAAAACGUCACUAGUCGUUCGAUAAGUUCUUUCCCUAUGAAACAAUUAUAUCUCCAAAUGUAGUAAUAACAAUCACAAUACGUACUUAUAUGGUCCAGCCACAUCACAAUAAAUAAAUAAGUUCUAAGAUUUUGUUCUACAGAAAAUUAUUUUUUAAUUUUGAAAAAAUUAUUAAUUGAGUUUAGAGGUGCUAUAAACUGUUUCUUCGAAUUACAAAGUAACUUUUUAAUAAUUAUAAAACCUUGUACUAAGUUUUAUAUGACAAUAAAUUAUUAAGCAUUUGUGCUAUUCGCAAAUUCAAUAGGCUGAACUAAAUUAGAAAUGAAAUGAAUAUCGACUCGAUUCAAGUUCUCUGUUUAACCCAGAUAUGACAAUGUCAAAAGGCACCGUUAGGAAAAUAUUCCAAUUUACGGUUCAUUCCACUUAUCUCCUUAUUCAAAGUCUACCCUAUGCCGAUGUGAGCUUUUAUCUUGGGGGUGGUUCUCACCCCUUCUCGGGGGUGGAAAAUUUGUUGGUCAAAAUAACCACGGAAGUAGCUAGAGAACUUAAUUCUAAGCAAAAACUGUUAUAAUUUGUUUUUGAAAACUCGAUACUUUUUGAGUUAUUCGUGGUUUAAAAUUUGUUAUUAUGCCGAUGUGAGCUUUUAUCUUGGAGGUGGUUCCCACCCCUUCUCAGGGGUGGAAAAUUUGUUGGUCAAAAUAACCACGGAAGUAGCUAGAGAACUUAAUUCUAAGCAAAAACUGCUAUAAUUUGUUUUUGAAAACUCAAUACUUUUUGAGUUAUUCGUGGUUUAAAAUUUAUUUUCAUUGAAAAAUGUCACCUUUUUGGGCGGUUUUUUGCGAAUACCUUAAAAAUUAUGCAUCUAACAAAAAAAAAACUAUAAUGUAAGACAUUUUUGUAGCUUAUAAAAAAUCAAAGAGAUUCGUUUCUUCGUAUUUCUUCUGGUCAUAAUACAAAAAGAGAUAUGGUAGGUUUGUGGCGACACGCUUCAAUCACUAUUUUACUAUUUUUUAAAUGCUAAUUUAAAUUUUUAACAACUUUUUCAGAAUGAAAUAAUAUGGACCAUUUAAAAUUCACAUCUCUUUCUGUACGAAACCAGAUGUAAUGGCCUGUUCAGUCUCAGUUUAUUUAUGGGAAACAAAAUUCCCCAUUAAAUAGUUACCUUAUCAGACCUUAUGUCAAUAAAUCACUUUUUAAAUGCAUUCGAAGACGCUUCUUAAAACUACAGAAAUGUUUUCAGCUUUUACAACACCAGAUAAAGGGCCAGCCUCUUCAUGUCAAUAAAUUAGUCUUCAACGUAAAACCACAGACAUGUGUUUUUAGUUCAGCCACAGCAGUCUGACACAAAUCCUCGUCCCUCAAAGAAUAACAAACCCUCUUACGAGAUAUAAGCACGCCUUUUUAACCAAAAAUAAAUAAAUAUAUUUAUUAUUGUUCAUUGUCUUACACUUAUUGUAAUUUCAUUUAAUUGUUUCCGUAAACCACCACGGAACAGGUGAAAAGAGAUUUUUUUGGUGCAUGCUCAAAUCGGUGUGCUCAACUUAAAAUAACAGAGAAAUGGUCGAUUUUAAGGGUAUAAUGCUCUUAAUAUCUUUUGUAGUGCUUGAAAAGAUCUUUAAAACGAGCACUGUUAAACGUCGAUUACAUUCAAACUAAGCCAGAUAUGUUGCAAAAAAAAUGGUAACUAAUUUAUUUUAAGAUAAAAUCCGAAGUAUAUUUAACCUCUCAUCCAUCAGAUUUAAAUGCAUCGUUUUACUUCUACAAUACCUUUUAUUAUAGUGUUAUUUCUAUGUUCAAAAAGUUGGACGGGUUUAAAAUGCAUGUUUUUGAAAAAAAUAAGAUCAAAUUAUAGAGCUGCAUUUUUCUUAAAAUUCUUCCUUUUCUCCAUGUAACUCGAAAUUGAAAAAUAGGUACAGUAAUGAAAGAAAAAAUAAAAUUGUUAUCUGAAAAAGCCUACAUUUUUGUACUGUAUCUUUUUUUCGUAUCUCUUAUCAUUUUCGAGAUACAUGGAGAAAAAGGAAGAUUUUUAAUAAAAUUUUAAAAUGCGUUCUAUAAUUUGAUCUUGUUUUUUUUUUCAAAAACCAUGCAUUUUAAACCCGUCCAACUUUUUGAACAUAUAAAUAAUACUAUAAUAAAACGCAUUGUAGAAGGAAAACGAUGCAUUUAAAUUCUAGUGAAUGAGGGGUAAAAUAUACUUCUCAUUUUUCCUUAAAAUACAUUAGUCAUCAUUUUUUUUGCACCAUACCUCGCUUAGUUUAAAAGGUCUUUUCAAGCACUACAAAAGGUAUUGGUACCAUUAUACCCCAGAUCGACCAUUUCUCUGUUAUUUUAAGUUGAAUACACCGAUUUGAGCAUGCACCAAAAAAAAUCUUUUUCACGUACCAUAUCUCUUUUUGUAUUAUAACUAGCAGAUUUAUGAACAAACGAAUCUCUUUGAUUUUUUAUAAGCUAAAAUGUUUGAUAUAGUUUUUUUCGUUAGAUGCAUAAUUUUUAAGGUAUUCACAAAAAACCGUCCGAAAAAUUGUCAUUUUUCAAUGAAAAUGGGAAAUUUUCAACCACGAAUAACUCAAAAAGUAUGGAGUCUCCAAAAAAAAAUUAUAGAACAGUUUUUGCUUAGAAUUAGGUUUUCUAGCUACUUCCGUGGUUAUUUUCCAACCCUUAGAAGGGCUGGGAACCAACCCCUAAGAUAAAAAGCGCCAUAGGAUAUAGGGUAGACUUUGUUUCUUGAGCUUUUCUCUACUUACAGUGAAAAUAUCAAGUAAAUUAAUGCAGUAGGAUGGAAUUCGGAGUUAAAUAUCCUCACUGACUACACUAUACAGUGAUGAGCGCGCUAAUAACCGGCAAAAUAACGCAAAAGAUGGAAAACAAUACAUUUUGAAAUAAAAAAAAAAUGAAACUAGUAGAGGUGGAAAUUAUCGAUAUAAACAUAUAAAUUAACAUGACUUUACAUAGUUUCCCACCUUUAGACGUCUGUGACAGUUGUCAUACUCCUCAUAUACAUCUAAAGUUGGGAAACUAUGAAAUGUAAUGUUAAUUUAUACGUUUAUAUCGAUAAUUUCCACCACGAUUAGUUUCAUCUCUUUUUACUUCACAAUAUAUUACGUUUUCCAUCUUUUGCGUUAUUUUCUCACUUAUUAGCGCGCUCAUCACUAUAUAUUUAGCCGGUUGAGGAGAAAGAAAAGGCUGUAUUAGGGGAUCAGACCUUGUGAGGAGAAAGAAAAGGCUGUAUUAGGGGAUCAGAUUCUUUAAAAACGAUUCUUCUUUCUUAUGCUUUCUUUUUUAAAUGUAGAAAAACACCCAAAACGAUAUUUUUACGCUUAAUAUAUCCCUAAUCUCCCAACUCCUUAUAUAAAAUUUAGUACAAGCUUCACAGUUUAAUAAAAACAGCGGAAAAUCUGUCUAGUCUCUUACUGAUAUUUUUUUUACUAUUUUAUUAUUUUUUAAAAUUAACAAAUUGUACAUAUUAUGAAAAAGGCAACCCCUAGGGUGGAAUGUAUUAUACAAUUAAAUAUUAAGGGUAAGUUCACAUGACAAUCGCUUAACGAGCGCUAAAUUUAUGUAUAGUGUUCACGUAGUGCGCGCUUGUCAGCCGUUUGAAUGUUUACGUCAAAUUUUACGUUGUCAAAACGUAGUUCAACUCAAGCCGACAGUGGCGCUAGUGGCAACGUGCUUCCAGAUUUCUGUAGGAGUUGGAUGUAUUACAGUCGAUAGUAUUUUCUUUAAUUUUUAUUUCUGUAGCUUUCUAUUGGUCAGAAUCUUCUAUGAAUGAAAUAAUCAGUAGUAAUUGCACAAGAGCUUUAACAUUAUCGAAUAUUUCCCGAGUGACACUUUGACAGUUUUAAUUUCACGACCCGAAGGGGAGUGAAAUUAUGUCGAUAGUAGCACGAGGGCAACAAGUCGAUAAUAAUUUUAGAGGUCGAGGGUAAUUCGCUGAGACUAUUUCAUGAAUAAAACUGUCUUUUUAAAUCAUUUUAACUAAUGUUUUAUUGAUAUCUUCACCUUAAUAUUUGCUACAACUGUUUCUUAGUCCACAAGGAAGAAAUUCCUGUAGCUGGCUGUAUACCAUUAAUUACAAGUAAAAUUUAAUAAAAAUUUUGUCCUGAUAAAAGGAAUAUUAGUUUAAAAAGCCCUUAUAGGGCUACAAACAUAUAAACAAAACGUUUUCGCUCUGUAACAAGAGCAUUAUCAGUGUUACAAGCACAUGGUGAGCCACCCAAAAAUACAGAGGUUGAAACCUUUUACAAAUGGACUAAAAGUCUUAUAUAAAUAUAAACAUCCUAAAAUCCAAAGGAUGGAUAAAAUUCCUAUGGAUACGGCUUUAGACCCACUAAUUAAUUGGCCCACUUACCACCUGUGGGAGUCAUAUGUUGCCCUAAAGCCUCAUCCAUAGGAAUUUUAUCCAUCCUUUGGAUUUUAGGAUAUUUAUAUUUAUAUAAGACUUUUAGUCUAUUUGUAAGAGGUUUCAACCUUUGUAUUUUUGGGUGGCUCACCAUGUGCUUGUAACACUGAUGAUGCCCUUGUUACAGAGCGAAAACGUUUUGUUUAUAUGUUUGUAGCCCUAUAGGGGCUUUUUAAACUAAUAUACCUUUUACCAGGACAAAAUUUUUUAUUAAAUUUUACUUGUUUCUUAGUGUUUUCUGUGACAAGUUGUAAAACAUUAAUUGUCAUUAAUGUCACUGAAUGUUCAUUUUUGCAUAGUAACGAAGGGCAUCUGACGUAAUGCUUGACGACGGGAUAUUAUCAAAAAUUAUCACUUUAAUCAAAUACUAUUGACGACUAUCACUUUAAUAUACAACUCUUGACAUUUCCCAUUAAUUUUGAGGAAGCAAAAAAAUAGCGCCAUCUAGCGGUAUGAGUAGGAUAACCAGAGCAAUCUAACCUUACAUUUAUAAAAUUGCUUUAUUAUU